AUGCAACUUCCGCCAGGUUCUUCUCAAGGUUGUCGAUUGCACAAAGUAAUCUAUGGUUUGAAACAAUCUCCACGUGCAUCGUAUGCCAAGUUAAGUUUAGUGUUGAAAGCUGCUAGUUUUUUUCAAAGUAAUGCGGACUCAUCCUUGUUCACCCGUAAAGGAUUAGCUGGUCUAUUGGUGGUCCUCAUUUAUAUGGACGAUCUCAUCAUCACAAGUGAAAAUGAAGUUGAAUUUGAAGCUCUCAAGAAAUCUCUCAAUCACACAUUUGCCAUAAAGGACCUGGGGAGACUAAAAUACUUCAUUGGCAUUGAAAUGGCAACAUCUCAAAAGGGUUUGUUCUUAAAUCAGCACAAGUAUGUUAUGGAUCCUCUCAUUGGGGAUGAAUUACUCCUCGAUUGCAAGCUUGCUAUCACUCCCUUUGAUAGUAAGCUAAAGCUUGAUAUGGAUGGAGAACCUCCCACCGAUGUGAGUCACUACCAAAGGUUAGUUGGAAAGCUUAUAUACCUUCCCAUAACCAGACCUGAUAUCACCUAUACUGUGAGCCAGUUUAGCCAAUUCAUGCAUGAACCAUCUGUGAAACAUCUUUUCAUUGUCAAAAGAAUUCUACACUACCUUAAAGGCUUUAUUGGUAGAGGUAUUCUUAUGAAGAACAACCAAUCCACUCCAAUCAGUGGUUACACUGAUGCAUAUUGGGCCGGAAGUGAAAUUAAUAGGAAGUCUACCAUUGGCUAUUGUACGUUUGUUGGAGGAAACAUCAUCACAUGGAAAAGCAAAAAAUAG